AUGAAUGGCUAUUAUGGUGGAGAAUUAGAAGAAAAUGGAGGGUUAAAAGGAGCUGACUGGCAUAUCAGUGAUUCAACUUUCAAUGAUGUUUCAAUGGAAGAGAAGAAGAAACAAAGGAAAAGAACGGUACCAAGCCAUGUGUUCAAAAAGUUCGAGUAA